UGGGUGGGUGGUCCAGCUACGUCUAAAUGUUUGAAGAGCAAAGUAUCACUGAGUACUACAUCUUUCACAGAACACAGCGCAUUGAAAAUGGCUUCUGCUACAGGUACAGGAUGGGCGCAACUUCGACAGCAGGCCCGGACAUUGGAAAAUCAGACAGAAACACUAUUCCAUACAUACUCCCAAUUCGCAUCCGUUCCAAACAUACCAGCGAAACCCACAGAAGAUGAAAGUCAGACGGAGUCAAAAAUACAAGACACAUUAGAAAAGCGAGAAGCCCUCAUAUCACAACUUACCCGCCUCCUGGACUCCGAAGCAACCCUCACAGCCUCGGCCCUAAAGCAAAACAACCUCUCCCGCCACCAUGAAAUCCUGCAAGAACACCACCGCGAACUCUCGCGCCUCAGAUCCCAAAUCCUCGAAGCUCGCAACCGCGCCAACCUGCUCUCAAACGUGCGCUCCGAUAUCGAUGCCUACCAUUCCAGCAACCCCGAGGCCGCCGAGGCCGAUUACAUGUUGGGAGAGCGCGCGCGCAUAGAUAAUAGUCAUAACAUGGCGGAUAGCGUGCUCAGUCAGGCAUAUGCUGUCAAUGAGAGUUUUGGGCUGCAGAGGGAAACGCUGGCUAGUAUUAACCGCAGAAUUACCGGGGCUGCGAGUCAGGUUCCUGGGUUGAAUAGUUUGAUUGGGAGGAUUUCGGCGAAGAAGAGGAGGGAUGGAUUCAUUAUGGGGGGCUUUAUUGCUUUUUGUUGUUUGUUGUUCUUGUAUUUCAUGUGA